AUGGGGCAAACUGGAAAAGGCGGAUGCAGCAUGCAGGGGCUAGGGUCGAUCGCGCGCGACAUCGUGCUCGUCGGAGGGGGUCCAUCUCACCUUUACCUGCUGAAGGAAUGGGCCCGAGAGCCGGAGAAAGGAGUGCGUCUCACCCUCAUUUCCGCAGAGACAGACUCGCCGUGCAGACGCUUGCUUCCAGGCCUGCUCGCCGGAGUGUACACGCGGGACCAGUCCCACGUGGAUCUGCUGCAGCUCUGUCAGGUUUCGCGCGGGCGGUUUGUGCGCGCUUCUGUUCUCGGCGUCGACCGCGAAAAGAAACUUCUCUUCUGCGACGACGGUCGGCCGCCUCUCCGAUACGACGUCCUCUCAAUCGACACAGAGUCUGGUCUGAGCGUCCCUGCAUCCAUCACUUUCUCUGCCCCGUCGGCUGCGAGGGAGGCGGAAUCUUCGCCGUCUGUCUCUGCGUCGCCCGCGGAGGGGACGAGCCUCGGCGAGCUGGAAGCCGCUCAAGUCGCUUCGCUGGAUGUCGGCGACCAGUGCAUGCGCGCAUGCAUCACGCCGCUGAGGCCUCUGAGCCAGUUCUAUUCGCGGUGGGAGGCAGCUUUGCAGAGACUGGCGAAUGCGGCGCUUCGCGUCUGGGCCCGUUCAGCCUUCGUUCCAGGCGCUGCGGAGGCGCAUGCAUGCGCCCAAGCAGACGGCGCAGCACCCGCAGAGAAAGCAAACGCGAAGCUGGCCGGGAGGGCGGAAGACGGCGUCCCGGAAGUUUUCUCCGUGGCCGUCGUGGGAGGCGGCCGAGACAGCGUCGAGAUCUGCUUCGCAGUGAAGGCUGCAGUGGAGAAGAAACUCGCCGAGCUGCGUGCGCACUGGCGAACGCUGAGAAGGGAAGGGCGAGCGACGAAGGACAACGAAACUGCGCCGAGGCAGCGAGACGCGCAGCCGCAAGAGGCGGAGGCGGCUCGCGGGCAGAAGCGAGAAAGCGAAGACCUCGGUCGCCUCUUUCGUGUUGAGUUUCACAUCUUCACAGAGACAGCCUCCGUACUCCCGCGCGCCUGCUCAGGAACCCAGACGCGCGUUUCCCGUCUCUUGAAAGCGAGCGGGAUCGUCGUGCAUCCGCACUGGAACGUGGCCUCUGUGCACGUGGAAACUGCGCCUCCGCGAUCUUCCUUCGAAGCCUCCAAAGAUUCUUCGGGCUUGGCCGGCGGCUCGCCCCUCGCCGCCGCGGCUGUCGAGGCUGCCCAGGAAGGGAAGGGUGCCGAGCGCGCCGCUGCAUGCGCAGAGUUUGCACGCAGGGAGACCUCUGUUCGAGACGCGACUUGUGGGUCGGACGGCAGAGGCGAAACCGAGUCAGAAGCGGCGAGCUGCCGAAAACGCCUCGUCGGUGCGGACGGGCGCCAUUUUGAGUUCGACGAAUGCGUCUGGUGCACACCAGCCACGCCGCAGCCUUGGUUCCAAAACGCAGGCCUCGAGCUGACCUCGAACGGAUUCCUCGCAGUGGACGCGUUCCUGCGUUCUCUCAACACUCCGAACGUCUUCGCAGUUGGCGACGUUGCGCAAGUCGUCGGAACGCCCUCCCCCAUGGACGGGGACCAUGCUGGCGAGCCUCUGAGCAAGAACCUGCGCCUCUUUUUGCGGAACGGCGACGGCGCGCGCCUUCACCGCUGGCAUCCGGUGGCCCGCCUUCUCUCGUUUGUCUCCUGCGGCAUGGACUAUGCUGUCGGCACAAAGGGACACCUCAGCUUCGAGGGCACAUGGGUCUCGAAGCUCAAAACCCGGAUGGACAUCAACUGGAUCCAGAAGUACCAAGUGCUUCCCUCGGGGCUCACCUGUCCGUCCCUUCUUUCGCGCAAGGCGCCGACGCCGUCUGCCUCUCCCGCCUCGCCGCACGCAGACUCGGCACACGGCGACGUGACGCGGAGCUCGAGUGCGGCCUUGGUUGCUCCGGAGCUGGCAGCCGGCGAGCGGAAGCGAGGAUUCUGCGAGAGUCUGUUCAAGCGCAAAGAAGACGAAGAACUGAGUCUCGGGUGUCGCGUUCUCAUGGGGUACGUCCAGGGCCGCGCGGGAGGCCGCGACAAGAAAGGCGGUGCGUCGGGCUGCCAAAACGGCGGAGGCACGCGGUGCGGCGGCUGCGGCGCCAAGGUGCCUUCAACUGUCUUGAGACGCACGAUGCAGGAACUGGAACAGGCGAAUGAUCUCGAAGCCAGUCAGCAUCGACUGCUUUGCCAGCAACGAGACGCGAGCAGGGCGCGAGCGACGCGGAACUCUGUGGAAAAAGGAUCAGCAAGUGACGGGGGCGCACCUGCGCGGGCGACGAAGCAGCUGGCGGCGGAAGCUGCGAGCCGUGCAGCGACCGCAGGAAGCGGAGCGCCCGCCUUGCAGCUCGCCGAGGCCCUACAACUCGCGGCGCUUCAAAAACGAAUCGACAAAGAAGGCCGAUUCUAUCCUCUUCUCUUCAAUCGAGAGGAAGUCCUUGUCGGCCUCGAAGACGCCGACGACGGGUGCAUUUUUGCGGCGCGACCUUUGGCCAGCCUGACGCCAAGAGACGCGGAGAAAGAAGCAGAGAGCGACGACGGCCGACCGACGGGACGAAUGACAACCUUCGCCGAGGACCCGUGUGACGCGCCCGGAGACGACAACCCACUCCUCGUCCAAACUGUCGACUUCUACCGAGCUUUCUUCGACGACGCUUACGUGCUGGGCCGCAUCGCCGCAACGCACGCAAUGUCCGACUGCUACGCCAUGGGCGCUGAGCCUCUUGUUGCUCUCCUCACGGCAGUCGUCCCCUACUCGACUGACUGCAUAAUGGCAAACAAUCUCCUUCAACUCCUUGGCGGGUGUUGCUCCGCGCUUUCUCGUGACCGCUGUCAGCUGGCGGGGGGGCAUUCAGCCCAAGGUCGUGAGAUGGCCGCGGGGCUGACCGUCACCGGCCGCCUUUCACGCCUAAGGAGAAGCGAAAGAAACGGACAGACAAGGAGCGAAGGGGAGGCUGCGGAAGGAAACCACCGAGCUCCAGCUGGAAAUCUGCCGAUUGGAUACCUGCCAAAGGGGAGUGCAGAGGCACAAGAAGGAGAUGUCCUCAUUCUUACGAAGCCUCUCGGCACGGGCGUCAUAAUGGCUGGCCACGUGGAAGGAAAAUCCAGGGGACGGUGGGUGUAUGGAGCCCUUGAUCUCAUGCAAGUCUCGAAUCGGGCAGCAGCAGAGAUUCUAAUGGACUGCGGCGCCACUGCAUGCACAGAUGUCACUGGGUUCGGUCUCUUAGGCCACCUUCUCGAAAUGCUUCGCGCGUGCCGCAAAAGCCGGAUUAUGGCGGCUGUGGCGGGCGCUGAGAAGACAACUUUGGACACGACCUCCUCAGACGCCGAAGGAUCUUCUUGCGCUUCAUCUGGCGGCACUGCCGAUUCCUCCAGUGGCGACUUUCUGCCUCUCGUCUGCGCACGCGUGCUGCUUCCUUCUCUCCGUCUGCUUGACGGAGCCAUGACGCUGAUGGACCAGGGGAUUCACUCCUCGCUUCUCGCCUCGAACGCCCGCUUUUUCUCCGCGCUGUCGCUCAAGACCGUGGGUGCGACUCCGGCCGCGGCCGAAGCUACAGGCGACCUUCCUGUUCAGCCCCUAUCACCUUCUGAUUUGCCGCCGAAGCUCCCGAUACUCUUCGAUCCGCAAACGUCGGGGGGUCUCUUGGCGUUCGUCCCCGCCAGCAAGGCCGAUGAAUGCAUCAAGAGGCUGAGAGAGGAAGGCGGCUAUGAUAACGCAGUAGUCAUAGGAUCCGUUUUCGAAAGAAAAACGUUCGUUCCUUUUCCCCAAAAAGACGCAAGUCAGGGAACUCGUCCCCGCUACGCUCCAUGGGAAAAUGUAUCGGGCGUUGUUGAGUGUUUGUAUUGA